AUGGCUUCAUCGCGCGAGGCAAAUCAGCCCAGACAUCUACGGAUAGAGACGCCAGCUCAGACAGAAGCAUCGUGUGAAGAUGCUGAGCUUAACGGGACCUCUGAAAAAGACGUCCCAACUUACCCUGCCGAUAUGCUCUCAAUCCCGCGCCAGAUACUCUUCGUCGGGACCUUGUGUACGGCCAUGUUCACCAACCAGGUUGGAAUGGGAAAUACCCUCACCACCGUCGGCGUCAUUGGAAACUCGUUCGGUAUCACCAACCAGGGCCAACUGUCCUGGCUGAUCGCAGGCUACAGCCUCACCGUCGGCACAUUCAUCCUCAUUGGCGGCCGGCUGGGAGAUGAGUUCGGCAACAAGAAGCUGUUUGUGAUCGGUAUGAGCUGGUACGCGCUAUGGUCCCUCGUCGCAGGCCUUUCCGUCCUCUCGUCUCACGUCUUGUUCGUAUUCGCACGUGUCUUCCAAGGAAUGGGUCCUGCGUUGACUCUGCCCAACGCGCUUGCCAUCUUGGGUCAAUCAUACUCGGCGGGACCGCGCAAGAACAUGGCUUUCGCGUGGUUUGGCGGGUCAGCGCCUUUCGGAGCCAUCGCAGGGUUUCUCUUCGGAGGCCUCUUCGCGCUUGCCUGGUGGCCGUGGAUCUAUUGGAGCCAGGCUAUCGCUCUUGCCGCUGUUGCCGUUUUUGCAGCUUGGACAAUUCCUGCCCUGCCUGCCCUGCCAGAGCAGAAGCGAGGACUUGUCGGGAAACUAGACGCCCUAGAUAUCCCUGGAAUGGUCACCGGUGUCACGGCUCUGGUCUUGUUCAACUUCGCGUGGAACCAGGCUGUGGUUGUAGGCUGGCAGGAGCCUUACGUCGGUGUGUGUCUGAUUCUUGGUCUUCUCUUCGGAGCGUGCUUCUUCUGGAUCGAGAUAUACCACGCCAAGUCCCCGAUCCUGCCCCUCGCGGUUUUCAAUUCGGACAUUGCGUUUGUUUUUGCAUGUACGGCAACGGGCUGGGCUUGCUUUGGCAUAUGGGUCUUCUACGUCGGACAAGUCGCCCUGAACAUUGGUGGUAACACGCCUCUUCAGAUGGCUGCUUGGUUCAUACCUGUCAUACCAUCGGGAUUGGUGUCAGCCCUCGCGGUGGGCAAGUUGCUCGGCAAGGUGCCUGCUUCGUGGAUCAUGGUUACCGGACAGGUCGCAUAUGUCGCCGGAUCCAUCCUUGCGGCAGCCCGACCCGUCCAUUCGGUCUACUGGACCUACUACUUCUUCAGUGUCCUCAUCAUCACCGUGGGCAUGGACACUUUGUUCCCCUCAGCAACAAUCAUCUUUUCCAAUGCCGUUCCUCAAAGGUACCAGGGCAUGGGCGCGAGCAUAGUCAUGACCGUGGUCAACUAUAGCAUAUCUCUUGGUCUCGGCUUCGCUGGCACCAUUGAAACCAAUAUCAACCAUGGCGGAUUGACCAAGUCCGAUAUUCUUCUCGGCUACCGUGGUGCCCUGUGGUUUGCGGUUGGACUGGCGGGUCUUGGCUUGGUGUUGAGUCUUUUGUUUGUCGCGAAUGAGCUCCACAGAAGGAGAUCUAAAGUAUGA